UGCCCUUAUUUCGCGAUUGCCGAUCGCACAAUCAUCGCCCGGCUACUCCUCGCCUACUUAACAACUAAUCACGCCCCUUUAAUCCCUCCGCACUCACCGAUUUCCCAUGGAAUUGCGCAGAAAAACACCAGCGACCACGGAAACACGAACACCAUAUACAUGUAUACAGUUCUGGAAUAACGUGAUUGGCCUGCGGCACUGGGACAAUAUGUUGACCAUUGAAAGAAGCGUACGGUAUGCUAGCACAUUUCCACAAGUAAGAUUAAAUCCUAAAGCGAAGAAACUUAUUCAUCCUAUGAUCAGAGUGAAUCAUGCCGGAGAAUUGGCAGCGGAUAGAAUAUAUGCUGGACAAAUGGCAAUCUUAGGAAAGACUUCAGUUGGCCCCACGAUACAGCACAUGUGGGAUCAAGAGAAAAAACAUCGGGAGAAGUUCGAGGAACUCAUUAAAAAAUAUCGUGUUCGUCCCUCUUUCUUCGUGCCAUUAUGGGAAGUGACUGCUUUUGCUAUGGGUGCUGUGACAUCACUCAUGGGACAGAGGGCAGCUAUGGCAUGCACUGUAGCAGUUGAAACAGUCAUCGUUGAACAUUAUAAUGAACAGCUACGGGUAUUACAGUCUUUGGAGAAAACAGAAGGAAUUGAAGAAAUAAUGGAAGUGAUAAAAACUUUUCGCGACGAGGAACAGGAACAUCAUGAUACCGGAAUAGAAAAUGAGGCUGAAAGAGCUCCUUUCUAUGAUAUGUUAAGUUUUCUUAUUAGGUCUGCUUGUAAGGUCGGUAUUACCACUGCUGUUGCACUUUAAAUUUCUAUAGGCCCCUUAAUUUAUGUAAUGCCACGUGCAGCGCUAUGAGUCUAGUUAUUAAUACAUCCGGUGGAAAUGGGUGUGAGAUUAAAAUUAAAUAAAUACAUUGUGAGAUGGUAGACAUAAAUAUAUUUACCUCCUUCGCAAUAAGGCCCUUGAAAUCCUGGUGGGCACGAACACACCCCGGGUGCCGUGCAAUUUCCGCCAUUCAUACAAUUCGGGUAGCAUAAUGCUUUUUUACAAUGUGGUGGACCUAGAUAACCAUCUGGACACGGUCCUGGAUUAGGUUCUGUAAAAUUAUAUCAUAGUAAGCAUUACGUGGAAUCGGUCAAUUAACAAAGUAGCGAACAAACAAGUAUUUUAUAAAUCGAUUCCACUGUUUUUGGGUAUUUAAAUAAUAAUACACCAAUCUUUGUAAAUACAACAGAUCGGAAUUUCAAAAAAUUUAUCGAGUACGGACUAUUGCAUGCAAAGCGACAAUACAUUGAAUUAUUUUAAGAUACGCAUAUAUAUCACGUAAAUUUACUGCAAGUAAGAAGGAAUUAAUAAACCGAUCCAAAUCCCUUAAAUUCUAUAAAAAAAACCGGAGCACUUUAUCCAAUAAUUUACAUUAUUGUAUCUGGUAUAGCAGAAUAACUAUCGUACCUAUUUAAAGUUUUUAACCUAUCUGUACUAUGUAUUUAAAAUUCGUGUAAAUAUUCGUACUGGUACAGUCAACAAAAUAUGUAUAUGCCUCGAUCAAUAUGUACAAUCGUCUCCACGUAUACGGAUCGACGACACAUUCGGAAACGGAAGCCAAAUAAAGAGCCUUGAGGAUGUCAA